AUGGCGGGCGACGCGCCCACAGACCUCUACCCGCGAUACUGCCUCAACCUCUCUCCGACAUCCAACACCUGGUGCCUGAUGCACGCAAUCGAUAUUCACGCCCUGCGAUCGGUCCCAGACUUUGAAGUCCAGGACUUCUACUUCUACAAGAACCUCCCGAUCAAAUGGGUCCGCAUCGUCGGCAUCGUCGUGGCCGUAGACGACUUCCCGGGCCGCCGCAUCUACACGCUUGACGACAGCAGCGGAGCCUGCAUCGAAUGCACUGUCCCUAUGAAGGUGCCCGCCACCGCCACGACACCCAAGGGCAUCCGACCCCAGCCGCAACCUCCCGCCGACUGCGUGGACGUCGACGUGGGCUCCGUACUGGAUGUCAAGGGAAUGGUCGCCACGUUCCGCGAGGAGAGACAGAUCAAGAUCGAGAAGGUCAAAAUACUGAGGUGUACCGAGCAUGAGGUGGCGCUGUGGGAGCGGCGGACGCAGUUCAAGAAGGAUGUUCUCUCGGUACCCUGGGUGCUCACGGAGAAGCAGAUACGGAGGUGCAAGAGGGAAGAAGAGCGAGAGAACGAGGGCGAUGACGAGAGAAGGCGGCGGAAAGAAAAGAAGCGCGAGGAGGAAGAGAGGCGACGCAGAGGGUCUGCUGAGGCCGAAGUCGCUGAUCGUGUAUUCUUCUGCCAGAGUGCCCUAGCCCUUUUCCACCAACAACACGUCCGCCUUCAUAUUUCUGACCGAGACUCGAGAAGCGUUGGAGAGCUCAGCCUUCAUCCCCGGCUACUUGAUAUACGCGAUACAUCCUGCCUUACCGAAACGACUAACACUACCGUCACCGUUCGAAUUCCCAAAGGAGCGCAAACGCCAGGAUCUGGUCUCAGUAGCGGUAGCAGUCCAACAGCCACCGCUGUGCAGUCUGGAGGAAACGUAGUCACCCUACCCGCCUUGACUGGCCAACAACCGCAGACAACGGGAGACGUCCAUAGUAACCUCGAUACCAACGGCAAGGUCACGACUUGUCCUCUUAUCUCGGAUCCCAUUCCGUCUCCAACUACCUUGAUUGAACCAUCUUCAGGCGCUCCCACGGCUGCUCAACCCAUUCCAUCUCCUCCAAUGGCGUCGGGAGAUCUCUUUUCGGAUCCCAUCGGGACCGCCGCGCCUCCUCCUUCUAUCCAGGCUCGAAGCGACCACCCUGUUCCCCGAAAGGGUAUUGCGUCAAGCACGCCGCUUCAGACCAACAAGUUCUACGCCAAUUUCUUCCUGGGUGACCAGACGGCUCCGACGUAUACCUAUCCUUAUGGCAUAGCAUGGGGGGCGGGAAAAGGAGCCGCCGCCAGCUUUGGCAUGACGAUCUCCCACAUCGACGCCAACCAGAUAGUCUUUGGUCCGCCCAAGGAUUCCGGGGCAGCUGCAUACUAUAUUAACCCGGUAGGUAUUCAAUCCAUGGUCAUCAGCGCCCUGGAACUUGGUUCGGAUACGGCUGUGGGAGUCGACAGCAUCACGGCCUUUUCCGCAAGAAUCCACCUGAAACCGAGCGCCAGAGAUGUCCCAGCCAUUUCUUUCCCUUUGGUUCAAGGAAUGCCCUUCAUCACUGCUCAAUACGCGGGAGCGACUCCUGUAAUUCGGACAGGAGUAUUCUUCCGGACCGUUACCCGCGCCACCCAGGAUCCCAAGGCCGGCGUUGCCAAGUACACCUUUCAACUCGAAGACGGCAAGAUCUGGCGGGUGUAUGGGUACGCGACUACCGGGGAACAAUUGGACCUGCAGGUGGUCAACAACGGACUCGCCCAAUCCACGAAGCCAUUCUUUGGAACCAUCCAAAUCGCAAAGGAUCCCGGCAACGGCGAGGCAGUGCUUGACCAGGCUGCCGGUGUCUUCCCCACGACGGUCGAACUAUCUGGAUCGGUGAACGGCAACACGGGCACGUAUGGCUUCAAGUUUGCCAAGGAGGGACACCAGGAUGGAAAACUGGCCAUGUAUGCGCUGCCGCAUCAUAUUGCUUCGUUUGAUGCCACCACCCGCGCUGCCGUCCAGCAAAUCUAUCUGCAGACCCCUGCGAAGGGAAGUGGAACUCUGGUUGUAGCUGAUCAGUGGACGAUGGUCGAGCCUAACCUGCCCGUCAACAUGAAUUUUGCCCCGUGGAGCCCGGUUCAAGGUUCUCUGACUACGAUCUCCGAACAGGCCAAGACGGUCAUUCGUGGCAUAGCAGCCCAGGAAGUAUCUCAGGACAUGAACGCCCAAUCCGAUCUUGAUUCUAUGUAUUUCAGUGGAAAGGCGCUGGCCAAAUUCGCUAUCUUGAUUGUUGCGAUCAACGACAUCGUAGGGGAUACAGGACUGGCGCAGUCAGGUCUCAUACGAUUGAAGGAAGCAUUUUCGAGGUUCGCGACCAAUAAGCAGAAGUUCCCCCUUUUGUACGAAAGCGCUUGGGGCGGAAUCGUGUCUUCGGCAACCUACGUCACGGGCAACGACGGCGCCGACUUUGGCAAUACCAAUUACAACGAUCACCACUUCCACUACGGCUAUCACAUUCUUGCGGCUGCCGCCAUUGCUCACCUGGAUCCAGCCUGGAUGCAGGAGAACAAAGACUAUGUAAAUGCCCUGAUCCGUGAUUUCGCCAACCCGAGCACCAAGGACACAUACUUCCCAACUUGGCGUUCGUUCGACUGGUACCACGGGCACAGCUGGGCACAUGGACUGUACGCUUCUUUUGAUGGCAAGAACCAGGAAUCGAGUUCCGAGGACAUGAUGGCCGCCUAUGCCAUCAAGAUGUGGGGAGAAGUAUCGGGAGACUCGAAGAUGGCCAUGCGUGGCAACCUCCAGCUUACCAUCAUCGCCCGCGCCCUUCAGUCCUACUACCUCUACAAGAGCGACAAUGCCGUUCAGCCACCCCAGUUUAUCGGAAACAAGGUGGCCGGCAUCCUGUUUGAGAACAAAGUCGACCACACGACCUUCUUCGGCGCUAAUAUCGAGUACAUCCAGGGCAUCCACAUGGUCCCCCUUCUUGCCCCUUCGCCCUUCAUCCGCACCCCAGAUUUCGUCAGGGAAGAGUGGGACGUGUACUUUAGCAACGGCCGCGUCGAUAGCAUCGUCGGCGGUUGGAGGGGGAUUCUGUAUGGAAACCUGGCGACGAUCGAUAGUAGGACCGCGUUCGACUUUUUCAACAGCCCCAACUUUGAUCCCGGCUGGAUCGACGGAGGUGCCAGCUUGACGUGGUACCUGACUUAUGCCGCCGGUAAGUUGAUCUCGACGUCGAUCCAGAGAGUGACUGGUUACUGA